CCUCAAAUUGCGCUGGAAAGCAAACGGCGAGGGAGAAGCGGACAGCGUUCUCUUAAUCGAUCAAUUCCUCUCCCUUUAAAUUCCGUCAAGGAGCAGUUGCAAACUCCGCUCAUCCUCGCCUCCUCCUCCUCUUCCUAUAACCGGCUAUCUAGUGCAGGAACAUCGUCAGGCGAGGCAGCCAUGGGAAAUUGCGCAGCGAAGCCCCUGGCACUCGACGACGCUCCCCUGCCGCUGGAGAAGCUACCGUCAAUGAACGAUUCAUCCGUCGACGGCGAUGCCUACAAGGAGGAGGAGGAGGCGGCCGCUACGGCCAAAAGCACCUCGCCGGAGCACGAGCCCCUGCUCAAGAGCGAAGAGGUUGAUGAAUCCAAUAAGAAUGACGCGUCGGAGGCUCAAAAGGACGAUGCGCUCAAAAAUGAUGAGAAUGUUGUCUCAGAGACUCACACACUUGCAUCAGAACCUGCAGAAGAAAAUACAGGAGUGAUGGAUCAUGAAAUAACCGAUGAAACAACGCCCGCUAAUCCUCAAGACACUGUUGUUGUCACUCCCCAAGAUUUAACCAAAGAUGAAGACGAGGAUGCUGCAUUUGAUAAACCUAAAGACCCUGAAGCCAUCAUCAUCGAAAAUGCUGCACUUUCUGAGGCAAACGUGGAACCAGAGGAUUCAGAAGCAAAAGUUCAAGUGGAGGCUCAAGAGAUUGAUGCCAUAGUUAAAGAACCUAAUGACCAAGAAGCCACCACCAUCAUUGCUACUCCCCAAGAAAAUCCUGCACCUUUGGAGGCUCAAGAAAAUGAUGCUACAAAAGCUUCAAAAGAGAAGAAGAAGGGAGAUGUCUUCCACACUCUGUUUACUAUGUACAACAAUUUGGUAAAGAAGCCUUGAGUGUUGAAAUGGCAUGAUGGAAUUGCUGUUACCACUUGACAGUUUGGGCUUAUAUCGUGUUAAUGGGAUUUAGUGAGAGUUUUUCAUGUUCGUCAGUUGUCAAGUUUCCUCAAUUAAUGAUUACAUUGUAACAAAAAAUGUCUUUCUCCUCUUGAAAACCACGUGGAUAUGAAUAUGUCGCUCUGUAUCAAGCAUUAUCUUCGAA